UCGGUUUUUUGCUGCUUGUUAUUGGGUUUAUUACUGUUUUGAUAUGUGAAUUUGAUUAAUGGAGCUUGAAAUUGUGGAGUGUUUUCGUUUUUCAAUCGAAUAUAUGCUUGUGCUUGUGGUUGUGAUUGUGAUUCUCUCUGUUUUUUAUUUUUUUUUCUUUUGUUUUUGUGCUGAGUUUUGAUUUCAUUUUGUGUUGAUCCUCUUGCUGUAGUUAUUGAGUCCGUAGUUUGCGGUUGGAGGUUUUUGGUUAUCUGAAUUGUUUGUUAUCGAGUGAGGUAUAUGCGAAUUUUCGGCAUGUUGUUUUGAAGAACUACAUGCGUUUCGUUUGGUUAUGUAUUGCUGACUUUUUUUGUAAGUUCUGCCACUUGUUUUCUUCUUCAACGCUUUUGAUCCUUGCGUUACUUGUUGAUUGUCGUCGUUUCUUUCCAUUUUAUCGGGUAGGAGAUUUUGAUUGACCCCGAGUUUCGCGAUCUAAAGGCUGCUGAGGUCGUCUUCUUUUUGUCACUAAAGCGAAGAGUUGCAGUCGGCGUGAAUAUAAAUUCAUAGACGGAGAAAUUUGCUGGAAAUUCUUUGGCGAAGAUUAUAUACGCGGAUCGAACGUGGCGUUUCUUUCACGCAGAGUUUCAAAUCUUAGUGUUAAGGGAUAUCGUGAAUGAUCGAUUUUCUUGGGAUGUUUCACCAGAACUUGAAAUUCUGUGGAUUGUAAAUUCCCUGAAGCUGUCGUUUUUAUUUGAACAGUGCUUAGAUAAGAAAACAAUCCAUCCAUAAACAAGUGGUUUCAAGCCGACGACACGGGUUUAAAUUAAUUGCUUUUGUAACUGUGGUGUGUUUAUUCCAAUGAUGAACACCAUGGGAAUCUUUGAAGAUAUUGGCUUUUGCCGAAAUCUUGAAUAUUUUUCGGCUCCUCCUGGGGAACAAGAGACAGCUCAGGAGCAUGAAGCUGAGGGUGCUUUGGAGGAAGAUUAUAGUGAUGAAGAGCUGGAUGUUGAUGAGCUUGAGAGAAGGAUGUGGCGCGACCGAAUGCUUUUGAGGCGACUCAAAGAACAAAGCAAAGAGAAGGAAGGCACAGAUAAUUCAAAGCAGCGUCAAUCCCAGGAGCAGGCCCGAAGGAAGAAGAUGUCUCGGGCUCAAGACGGGAUCCUGAAGUAUAUGUUGAAAAUGAUGGAGGUCUGUAAAGCUCAAGGAUUCGUUUAUGGGAUUAUUCCUGAGAAAGGAAAACCGGUAAGUGGAGCUUCUGAUAAUCUUCGUGCCUGGUGGAAAGAAAAAGUCAGAUUCGAUAGAAACGGCCCUGCAGCAAUAGCCAAAUAUCAGGCUGACCAUGCGAUUCCUGGGAACAAUGACGACUGCAAUAUAGUGGCAUCCACUCCUCACACUUUACAAGAGCUCCAAGACACAACCCUUGGGUCACUUUUGUCGGCUCUGAUGCAGCACUGUGAUCCACCUCAGAGGCGUUUUCCGUUGGAGAAGGGAGUUUCCCCGCCAUGGUGGCCCACCGGAAACGAGCAAUGGUGGCCUGAACUAGGACUACCUAAGGACCAGGGGCCACCCCCUUAUAAGAAGCCCCAUGAUCUGAAGAAGGCUUGGAAAGUCAGCGUUCUCACUGCGGUGAUUAAGCAUAUGUCACCUGAUAUUGCCAAGAUUCGCAAGCUUGUUCGCCAGUCUAAGUGUUUGCAAGACAAGAUGACUGCAAAGGAAAGUGCUACAUGGUUGGCCAUUGUGAACCAGGAAGAAGCGUUGGCUAGGAAAUUGUAUCCUGAUAAAUGCCCACCCGUGUCGAUUUGCGGGGGAGGAUCUCUUUUGAUCAGCGACACUAGUGAUUACGAUGUCGAAGGAGUUGAAGAUGAACCGAAUAUCGAAACAGAGGAAAGCAAGCCCCAUGAUCUCAAUUUCUUUAAUAUGGGAGCUCCUGGAUCUAGAGAAAGACUUAUGAUGGCACCUGUGGGACCUCAGAUUAAGGAAGAAUUCAUGGAGAACAAUUCAGACUUCAACCAAAAGAGGAAGCAGAUGACAGAUGAGUCGAAUACAAUAAUGAAUCCGAAGAUAUAUACUUGCGAGUAUUCUCAAUGCCCUUACAACAGUCAGCACCUCGGGUUUCUCGACAGGACUUCAAGAAACAACCACCAGUUGAAUUGCCCGUUUAGAAGUGAUUCUUCCCAUAUAUUUAACAUGCCAAGCUUUCAGACUAACGACGACAAAUCGUCUUCUCCUGUUCCUCCAUCAUUUAACCAUCCUAAGCCACCUACUCGGCUGAUGAACCCGUCUCCACCCUUCAGGGUAUCAGGACUUGGACUUCCAGAAGAUGGCCAGAAAAUGAUUUCUGACCUUCUGAGUUUCUACGAUUCUAACCUUCAACAGGACAAACCUUUGAAUUCUGGUAAUGUCGACAUGCGAGACGAUCACAACCAACAGCAACAACUGCCAAAAUUCCAGCUCCAAGUCGACGAUAACUUAUAUUGCCAAGCAGCUAUGGUGGGAAAUAGUAUACCAAUUCAGCAGCAGCAUGAUUAUUCUUCUACCAAACUUCCUUUCGAAGAAUACAAGGCAGCAUUCGAUUCUCCGUUUGGCAUGUAUCCGAACGAUAACAUCUCCGACUUCAGAUUUGGUUCGCCAUUUAACUUGGCAUCAAUUGAUUAUGCAGCAGUAGACACAUCAUUGCCCAAACAAGAUACACCCUUGUGGUACCUUUGACGCACAAAAUAUGACAACUCAGCAUUGAUCGCUCCAAUGAUCGGAAGUAAAUAUAUUUUCAGAGGGAGGAGGAAGAAAGUCAUCUUCAUGCCCUAAAGAAGGUGAAAUUUCUUCCUAUAUCUACAUGCUAGUUGUUUAAUAUAUAUACACAUAAAUAUAUAUACAUAUAAAGUGUGUGUGUUGUGUAAUUAGAAUGGUUCUGCAGCUACAUACAUUAAGACGGUUUUUACAUAAUGUAGGAUUAUAUAAUAUGAUGCUACUGAGGUAGUGGUAAAAGUAAAAACAAGUUGAGUCUCACUAAUAGAGGAAUCUUAAGCUCUCAAUUAUUAGUGUAUUUCUGGGAACUUAAAAAGUUAAAAUUAAUUACUUGUUGCCUUUGCCCUUUGGAAUGUUUAUAUUUAAUAUUAUUGGGAUACUUUCUUAAAAA